AUGGUGUGUGGUGUUUGCAGUGAGCCCGAGAAUGAUACGAUCUCACAAUUGAUUUUGCGGCGUCUUUUCGAUGGCCAUUAUAACAAGAACACGGUGCCGUUGAAGACGUCGGCGACGGUAGUGUCGAUUGAAUUUGGAAUUCAGAAUAUUGCUCAAGUUUCCGAAAUGUCUGCUAGUUUCACAUUAGACUUAUUAUUCAGUCAAAUUUGGCACGACCCACGACUUCGAUUUGAUCAUAUAACGACAUGUUUACAAAAUUUGACUUUAGGAUACUCAAUGGUGGAAAAACUGUGGACUCCAAACGUUUGCUUUGUCAAUUCAAAGAAGACUGAAAUCCAUUCGUCCCCAACGCCUAACAUAUUCUUAAUGAUAUACCCAAAUGGAACAGUUUGGGUUAAUUAUCGUUUACAAGUGCAUAGUCCUUGUAUGGUUGAUUUGGUGUUGUUUCCGAUGGAUGUCAUGAACUGCGAGCUCAUCAUUGAAAGUUACGCAUACAAUGCUGCCAAAGUGAAAUUAAACUGGAGAGAAUGGCAACCGGUUUUUUCUAUAGCCAAAUCGAAGUUAUCCGAUUUUACACUUUAUGGUCUUCAGUGGACCAAAAACAGCUUCGAAUAUGCUGCAGGUCAAUGGGAUCAGCUGACGGUAUCUUUGACCUUCUCAAGAGCUUAUGGAUUCUACAUUCUACAAAUGUAUAUCCCAACAUAUUCAUCCGUUUUCUUAUCAUUUGUGAGCUUCUGGAUUGAUUUGAAAGCGCUUCCGGCUAGAAUUACUCUAGCAGUUAGCUCAUUGAUGGCCCUCACAUUCCAAUACGGAAAUGUGGCGAAAAACUUGCCAAGAGUUGGAUAUGUCAAAUCAAUAGAUGUUUAUAUGGUUCUAACCACUGCAUUCAUUUUCUUAACAAUGAUUGAAGUCGCUUUUGUAUGCUAUUUGGAAAGUGAAAAUAAUCAAAGAAGAAAAGAGCGGCAAUCGAGGAAAAAGAAAGAACGGAUGGAGUCGAUGCAAAAAAAAAAAGAUAGAAAGAAAAACAAUACGUAUGGGGCUACGACGGUGACCAAUCCGAACGCAAUGGAACAAGAUUUCCGAACCAAUUACGAUGAGCCGAUGAAUGGUGGUGCAACAUCCCACAAGGCUUCGAUUUCUCGACAAGCUAACUCCAUGUUCGAAUCGUUGCACGCUUUGGCAACAAUUGGUCUUCUGACUGACGACGAAGAUGAAAAUACCAAGUGGACUGCGCAAAACGUCGACAAAUUCUGCAGAAAAGCUUUUCCCUUGUCAUUCAGCUUUCUUAAUAUCAUCUACUGGUGCUAUUUAUUUAAAUUAUAA